AUGGAAACUGGACUGCUUAAUUUUCACGACGAAGAACAUUUUGUUUUUGGGGAUGAGAGCAAUGAUUUAGUCCAUGGGAGUUCUAUUUUCAGCAGUUUUGUCGAAGUAUUCAACAACCACGAUACGGUUGAACCAUCUCCAUGGAUUCUUCCGGAAACCGAGCCUGAGUUGGGGUUGGAAUCAGUGUCAAUAGAAACUAAAGAAGAUUUUCAAAAAACAUUACAAGAUUGGCAGCAACAUAUUUCUAGCUUACAAGCUCGUGAUGACGACAUUAGAGAUUCCCUAUUAUAUGAUGUAUCUGAAGAUAUGCCUGAUAUAUUUGGGUCUGCCAUUGCACUCCCAGUUGCUAAAGUUCCUCAAAAGAAAAAAGUACAAAAAUAUGAAGUAGCUAAAAGAAAAGGAUUGGUUUUAAAAUUAACAAAAAAAAAAGAUAAUGUUAAAAACUGUGAUAAUGUUAACUUGCGUAAAAAAGAUAAAUUAUUAGUAAAAGAAGAGAAACCUCAAGUACAAAUUAAACAAGAGGUAAUAGAAGAAUUUAAUGGAAAUGAACUAAUGAACCAAAGUGAUGACAUUUUGGUUAACGCAAUUGUAGAUACCCUUCCUGAUUUAAAACAGGAAUAUGUAAAUAUUAAAGAAGAAACAAUUGAUAUUGAAAACAUUGAUCCUGAACCUUUUCCAAUCUUAGAAGCAGGUGAUGUUACUACUCUAUUGGAACAAUUCGAAUCAUCUAAUGCUGUCAAUAGCAUAUUAGUGAAAACAGAACUUCCUGAAUUUCAAGAAUUAAAUAUAGUGGAACCAGAGCCUCAAAAACCAAUCUCUUCACUUUUUGCAAAGUCAUCACCCAGUAAUAAGUCCAUAAGGGAUUCCUUACCAAAGGAAGUAAUCAAGAGGAUAAAAGAAUCUUCCCAGCGGACUAAGAAAAGCAAAGUUGAGCUUGUUCCAGCUGAAAGACUUCCAAUGCAUGGUAGCGAUCAUUUGAAGGAUAAAGGAGUUAGCAAUGUUAAACCUUCAAAAUUAGACUGGCUAUUGAUGCCUAACCACAAGGUAGAAGAAAAGGUUGAUGAGACUGAUUUUAGCGAGCCUUCAUUGCCGGUUAGUCAUCCUAGCAAUGGCGAAAGUGUUCAACUGGAUCAUGAUUAUUGUACCAGUCAACAGCAAGAGAAGAGUCAAAGCCAAGAUGAUCAUGCAAGGUCUGCUGAUUGGGAAAAAAAAUGGGGUGACUCAAAAAAAGACUCAGGUUUAGAAUCAGGUGAUGUUAGUGAUGCAAGUGAGACUCAGGAAAGGAGAAAGACAAAGUUAGCACCAAUACCAUCUUCUGAGGCUGCUACAUUUGCUUCUGAAGUUACAAUUAAGACAGAGGAAGUGAAAAUAAUAAACGUGAAGGAAGAGCCUGAGACUCAAAGGCGCGAUACUAAUAUUAAUCAAGAACCAAAAAAAAAGAAGUUGAAUUUGGAAGAAUAUAGGAAGCUUAGGAAAAAUGCUAAACCUCGUUCUCCAAUUAAAUCUAAACAGAAUGGAUGGAACAUUGCUGUUAAAAAUGAGUCAGAGAAUUCGAAAAAAACUGAAAUGGUGAAUGCCGAAGUUCAAGUGGAAAUUGAUGGAACAAAGCCAAGCGAUGCCAAAAAAGAAAAUGCUGUAGAGAAGAGAGAUCAAGAGAAAGGUAGUGAGCGACUUAGGCGAAGAUCUAGCUCAUCCAGUAGCUGCGAGAGCAAAUCCCGGUACCAUCGUCGAGGCAGGAGCAAAAAGAGACGCCAUAGUAGAAGCCAGAGGUCUCAUUGGUCCUAUUCCAGAUCCAGAUCGAGAUCAAGGUCCAGGUCCAGGUCCAGGUCUCGUUCCCAUUCAAGAUCAUCAUCAUCUUCUUACUCAUCUUCAUCUAGCAGAUCUAGAUCUCGCAGUAGGGGUGGUUCUAGAAGAAGACAUUGUUCUAGGAGCAGCUACCGCAGGAACUCACAUUAUAGGUAUUCUUCUAGGAGGUCUUCGCCCAAGAGGCAUGCCAGGCGUAGUGAAGAUUGGAGCCCCGUAGAAAAAAUGAGGCAAGUAGAAGAAAGGCGAGUAAUUUAUGUUGGAAGACUAGAGGAAGGCACCACUAAAGCACAGCUGAGGGAGCGAUUUGCAUGCUUUGGGCCGAUAGUCGACAUCAGCCUUCAUUUUAGAGAAAAGGGGGAUAAUUAUGGUUUUGUAACAUUUGCUUACAAGAUAGAUGCUUAUGAUGCCGUGGAUCGUGGAAAUGAUCCCCCUCAUCAUCCUAAGUAUGAUAUUUGUUUUGGAGGUCGGCGAGCAUUUUGUAAGCAACGAUACUCGGAUCUAGAUGGUGCCUCACCCCAAUCAUACAGCCCACACCAACAGAACUCCCGCUCAAAUGACUCCUUUGAUAAUUUAUUACGUGAAGCACAAAAGAAACUGUUGAAAAGGUCUUCGCAUGUUUGA